GAUAGGUACCUCCUCUCGCCAUUGCGAUCGGUGUCUCGCUGCUGUACCGAUGCUGGUGUGAAAGCUGCUCAAACAGGAGGCGACAGAGGAGCGGGGAAUUUAACUUCACUCACGGACAAACCUAUGCGUGGAUUUCGGCUCUUUUUCCCUUCGCCAAUGCAAAAGGAAAUAUGCAGCGAAGCUUCACCAUCCUCUACACCAGUUUACUGGGGAUGUGCUUGGGUUCAAGCUCAAGUUUUCCAAGUAACAUCAAUAUAGGAGGAUUGUUCCCAACUGAAUCGCACGAAUAUGAGGUUUUUCGUUUCGCCCUCUCACACCACCAGGACAUCCCCAAACUGGUGCCGCAGGUGGAUAUGGUCAAAAUGGGGAACAGCUUCUCCAUGACAUAUGCCUUUUGCUCCCAGUUCUCCAAAGGCGUCUAUGCCAUCAUCGGCCUGUAUGACAGGAAGACGGUCAACAUGCUUAUGUCCUUCUGUGGAGCGCUGCAUGUCUGCUUCGUCACGCCGUCUUUCCCCAUUGAGACGGCAAACCAGUUUGUCAUCCAGCUGAGGCCUGAGCUGCAGGACGCUCUGGUGGGAGUGAUAGAACACUACGGAUGGACCAAGUUUGUCUACAUGUACAGUUCUGACUCAGGCCUGUCAGUGCUGCAGAAGGUUCUGGAUACAGCAGCAGAGAAGAACUGGCAGGUGACCUCAGUCAAUGUGGAGACUAUGACAGAGGCCUCCUUCUUGAAAGUGUUCCAGGAUCUUGACAAGAGAAAGGAGGGACAGAUUAUCAUCGACUGUGAGACCGAGAGGCUCACCGGCAUCCUGAAAAAGAUUGUUGAACACGGCAAGAAUGCAAAGAGCUACCACUACAUCCUGGCUAACCUGGGUUUCCUGGAUAUUGACCUGACAGACCUGAGAAAAGGAGGGGCCAACAUCACAGGUUUCCAGCUCGUCAACAACUCAGAGCCAAGCGUCAGCCGUGUCGUCCAGCAGUGGCUCGAGUUUGACAACAAAGACUCCAAAGUGCCCAAAACUGGACUCAAGUACACUGGCGCCCUAACAUAUGAUGGGGUGAAAGUCAUGUCAACAGCCUUCCAGAACCUGCGGAGACAGAGGAUAGACAUAUCUCGCAGGGGUAAUGCUGGAGAAUGUCUUGCCAACCCACCAGCUCCCUGGGGACAGGGCAUCGACAUCCAGAGAGCCCUGCAGCAGGUCCGUAUAGAUGGAUUGACUGGCCACAUUCAGUUCAAUGAGAAAGGCCGCAGAACAAACUACACUGUUAGCGUCAUGGAACUGGCCCCAUCUGGACCCAAGAAGGUCGGGUACUGGAAUGAAGAUGAGAAGUACGUGCCCACGGCCAGCUUCAUGAGAGGCAGCAAUGAGACCUACGGCCUUCAGAACAGGACUUACAUCGUCACCACUAUCCUGGAGUCUCCAUAUGUGAUGCUGAAGAAGAACCACGAGCAGCUUGCGGGAAACGAUAAGUACGAAGGUUACAUUGUGGAGCUGGCUGCAGAGAUCGCCAAACACGUGGGCUACCAGUACAAACUGAAGAUAGUGGCAGAUGGGAAAUAUGGAGCCAGAGAUCCUGACACCAAGAUGUGGAACGGCAUGGUGGGAGAGCUGGUUUAUGGGAAAGCAGAUGUGGCUGUUGCUCCUCUGACCAUCACUCUGGUCCGUGAAGAAGUAAUCGACUUCUCCAAGCCCUUCAUGUCCCUGGGUAUCUCCAUCAUGAUCAAGAAACCAACAAAAUCCAAACCUGGCGUCUUUUCUUUCCUGGAUCCGCUGGCUUACGAGAUCUGGAUGUGCAUUGUGUUCGCCUACAUCGGCGUCAGUGUCGUCCUGUUCCUCGUCAGCCGCUUCAGCCCAUACGAGUGGCACGCCGAGGACUAUGAGGAGGGAGGCGAGCCGCAAACACCGACUCAAGCUGCAGCUUCUAACGGGGUGCAGCAGGGCCAGACUCAGACGCAGCAGAACCCCAACCAGCAGAGUCCGGAACAGACCAAUGAGUUUGGCAUCUUCAACUCCCUUUGGUUCUCACUGGGGGCCUUCAUGCAGCAGGGCUGUGACAUCUCACCACGCUCUCUGUCCGGCCGAAUCGUCGGAGGUGUGUGGUGGUUCUUCACCCUCAUCAUCAUCUCAUCCUACACUGCCAACCUGGCUGCCUUCCUGACAGUGGAGAGGAUGGUGUCUCCUAUAGAGAGCGCUGAGGAUCUCGCCAAGCAGACCGAGAUCGCCUAUGGGACGCUGGACGCCGGCUCCACCAAAGAAUUCUUCAGGAGGUCUAAGAUCGCCGUGUUUGAGAAGAUGUGGUCCUACAUGAAAGCAGCUGACCCGUCUGUGUUUGUGAAGACCACUGACGAGGGCGUGAUGAGAGUCAGGAAGUCUAAAGGGAAGUACGCUUACCUGCUGGAGUCCACCAUGAAUGAGUACAUAGAGCAGAGGAAACCCUGCGACACCAUGAAGGUGGGAGGAAACCUGGACUCUAAAGGUUAUGGCAUUGCAACACCCAAGGGCUCCCCCCUCAGAAACCCAGUAAACCUGGCAGUGUUAAAACUGAACGAACAGGGCCUCUUGGACAAAUUGAAAAACAAGUGGUGGUACGACAAGGGAGAGUGCGGCAGCGGGGGCGGGGACUCCAAGGACAAGACGAGCGCUCUGAGCCUCAGCAAUGUGGCGGGAGUCUUCUACAUCCUGAUUGGCGGCCUGGGCCUGGCCAUGCUGGUGGCACUGGUGGAGUUCUGCUACAAGUCCCGGACCGAGUCGCGCCGAAUGAAGGUGUCCAGUGCGCGAGCUGCUGCAGCCUCAGCCGCUCAGGCCUUUCACUGCUCAGCCUUAGACAGUGGUGCUAGCGCCCCCUACACAGAGCUGCAGAGCUACGGCCUGUACGCCAACAACACUGUUAAGAUAUAAGGGCAGAGCACAGCCAUGGGCAAUCCAUCAACGACGCCAUGCACUGCUCCACCCUGACCCGGAUGAGCGGCAACGGGAACGGCGGAGAGAACGGACGAAUCCUCACCCACGACUUCCCAAAGACUGUUCAGACGCUGCCCUGCAUGAGCCACACCGC